AACAGCCCAAGCCCAAGCGCUUGCUCAAGUGGGCGUAUAUGCUGAGUGGCAGUGUCUGAGUGGUGCCUACUGACAUGACCCCCAGCAAACGCGACACUAUUUUCUGCGGGUUCUGCCCGUUCAUCAGUAUCGGAGGUGGGAUGUCUGUUGAAUGAUACUUCGCCGUGUAGGGACCCUAGUAGGGUUGGGGCUUGAGGGGGACAGAGAAGAGCAAGCCACCAUCAGGCCGCAGUUCAGCCACCAGCGCCAAUGCCAUGCGGUUCAGCGUCUGCACAAACAAUGUUGCUCGGUCUUCCAUUGAUGCAUCUCGGACGAACCUGCACUGGGAAGUCUUUGCUCGAGGAUUUAUAGUGUGCAUCCAAUCGUUUACGCUUUGCUCCCCAUCCACAGAUUCGCUCAUCAUCUGCCAUGUCAAUGAAGCAAAAGGCUGGCGGUCUCCUUGCCGCAGGGGGUCACGGCGCCAUCCCAAUUCUCUCAGCCAUCAAUGCUGCUUCCGGUGCGUUCCCUCCUCUAAAGUCUGCCGCCGGUAUCGCACUGUUUAUCUUCGAAGAGGUCAACAAGUUCAAAGAGAAUAAGGAACAAUGGGAGAAAUUUGGAAAACACAUCGUCGACACCAUGGCUGGUGUGGUUGCAGCCAUCGACUCAUAUGAUGCGUCGGGCGAAGAGGCAAAGCCGUGGAUGGAUAGCAUUACAAAUAUGAGCGAGGCGUUGAAGCGCAUUCAAACCGAAAUCGAACAACUACGUGGAAAGAGAGAAAGACGGUCUGCUGUCGUCAACUUCUUUUUUCAUAUGAAGGACCCAGGCAAGAUUGACGACCUGAGGAGAGAUUUCAACGAGGCUCUGACAACAUUUCAGGUGAAGACCAACUUGACAAUUGGUGUCAUGGCAAAUGUCACUCGUGAGGUGGAGAGUUCCUCGGUUCUCAGCCAACUCCGAUACCCUAUCGUUGCCCACCACGAUUCAACUGAGGUGUGCCUUCCCGGAACUAGAACAGAUCUCCUCAACUGUAUCAUGGGCUGGUGUCGCAACACGGAGGCUAGCGAGAAACGUGUAAUGCUUCUGACUGCUGUGGCUGGUGCAGGAAAGACGUCCAUUUCCCAUUCCAUCGCGGAGGAGUGCGCUGGAGAGGGUAUAUUAUUAUCGACUUUCUUCUUCAAGGCGGGUGAGCAAUCCCGUCCAGACAAUAUGUUCAGUGGCAUGGCCCGAUCUCUAGCGGCUCACUAUCCUGCGUACCGGUCCCUCAUCACAUCCAUUCUUCAGAAAGAUCCGACUCUCACAACUGCUCCGUUCACGAUGCAAUUCAAGAAAUUGAUCGCUCAACCUCUCCACCUGAGGCCGCUAUCCUCCAAUCGACCCCUGGUAGUCGUCAUCGAUGCAUUGGACGAAUGCGACAAGGAAGCAUUUCCGCGUCUUGCCGAUAUACUUCGGAAAGAAGUACCUAAAUUACCAUCCAACAUCAAAUUCUUUGUCACCUCGAGGCAAUUUGAUCUCGUCGAUCGUUUUCUCUCACUUGAAUUCCCUAUCGAUCGCCUCGGCAUCAGUCUCUCGGAUGAUGCUAACAUACGAGACUGCGCUAUCUACAUUCGUACGCAACUGCGCGAGCUGAAGGAUGUGCAUCCUAGUUUGAAGCCCAAACUCAAGGAAGAGGAUGAAAUGGUACAAUCUAUACUGGAACGAGCGGGUGGCUUGUUCAUUUGGGUUAGCACCGUUUUCCGUUACAUGAAGAUGGCAAGUGGUGCUCCCAUGAGGAUGCUGGAGAAACUGCUUGAUACUGGCACGAACCGAUCGAAGGCUUCUGCUGAAGAGAUGAUGGAUGCGUUGUAUACGAGCAUCUUGGAGAAGUGUAAUUGGAAAGACGAAGAUUUUAUUCACGACUUCCCAAUUGUGAUAGGAACCAUCUUGAUCGCACAGCAGCCACUAUCUAUUGCAGCUUGGACUGCCAUUCUGUCAUUACAACUGGAGUCAUCUGUCGAGCACACAUUAGCCGAACUUGCACCCCUCCUAUCAGGGGUUCAGGACCCUCACACGCCGAUUCGUAUCCUACAUCACUCGUUCCGUGACUUCCUCAUGGACCGAGUCAAUGCGCAAUCACACACACUCCAUCAUUUUGUGGUGGAUGCGAGGAGGGAGAAUGCGAGGAUGGCCAUGCGCUGCAUCGAAAUUUUGAAUGAAGAUUUACCCUCUGUGGAGGCCUUGGGCCUGGUUAAAUAUUUGCGGGAGAAGGAGGAGCUGCCACCCAUUCCUCAGGCAAUGCUGUCUGAACAGCUCCAUUACGGAUGUCGGCAUAUUGUAUAUCACCUCAAUCAAGUUCCAGACGCGCUGGAACUGCUCAACGUAGCAGUUCGCAUAUUUCUCGGUCAGCAAGUAACUCGUUGGGUGGAAGUCUGUGUGAGAACGGAAGGGUACAUAAGUAUAUCAUCGUUCCCUGAGUGGGCCAAGUUGAGUGUUGACAUGGGUUCAAAGGAAGAAAUCCACAAAUUGAGAAAUUUGGAGUUUUUCUCCAGGUUUCAGGAGGGACACGAGUUAGCAAGUGAUUCCGUUGCACUCUGCCAAACCUAUGCCCCAGAUUUGGCUACAUCUCUCGGGGAUCUUCAGUCAUCACUCGACAAACUCGGAUGGGAUUCCCGGCAGCUCCCAGCGGUCGAAGAAAGUGUCAAGCUCUGGCGCGAACUAGUCAUUCUUGAUCCUAUAUCACAUACCCCGGAUUUGGCACGAUCACUCGAGUCUCUCAGAUUAUCGCUUUGCAGAGUCGGGCGAAAACCCGAGGCACUGCGGGCAGCGGAAGAAAGUGUCAAAAUCUGCCGCCAGCUCGUCGCCGUUUACCCCACAUCCCACAACCUAGAUUUAGCUCGGUCGCUCCACGGUUUUGCCUGUUCGCUCCGGAACAUCUCACUGUACUCUGAAGCGCUCACAUCGAUCGAGGAGGGCGUCAAACUCUUGCGUCAGCUUGUCGCCAUAGACCCGACAUCCUACUCCUUCGAUUUGGCUUCAUCGCUCCGAAUAUUUGGUUGGGUGCUCUCUAGCACUGAACGCUAUUACGAGGCAAUCCCAGUAUGCGAAGAAAGUGUCAAACUCUAUCGUCAACUAGUUGCUGUUUAUCCGACCUCAUUCAUCAUACACGAGGAUUUGGUCGCAGUACUCGGGUAUUAUAGGAACGCUUUAAUCCAAUUCGGACAGCCUUCUGAGGCACUCCUAGUGCAAUAUGAAAGUGUUGAACUGUGCCGCCAGCUCAUUGCCGUUCAUCCAACAUCAUAUACCCCGGUUUUGGCUUUAUCGCUCUACAACGCUAGCCGGUCUUUCUCCAGUAUUGGACAGCACUCCGACGCGCUCCUGGCCAUUGAAGAGAGUGUUAAUAUCUGGCGUCAGCUAAUUGCGGUUGAUCCGACUAUGUAUUACUCUCACAGCAUGGCAAUCUCAGUCCAGCAGCUUAACAUAUCGCUCUCCAAUCUCGGACGGCAUGCCGCUGCGCUGGUUGCCAUCACAGAAAGUGUCGAAUUCGAUCGCCAGCUAGUUGUUGCUGAAGGGAUAUUGCACAGUGCACCGUUGUCCCGCUCGCUUUGUCACCUUAACGUGACACUCCGCAAUCUCGGACAAUAUUCCGAAGCCCUUCUGGCGAUUGAAGAAAGUGUCAAACUCUGCCGCCACGGCGUUGACAUUGAACUUAAACCGACAGACCUAUAUAUUUCCCAAUUGAUAGCAUCACUCAAAUGUCUUAACGAGUCCCUUGACACGCUCGGACGGCAUUCCGAAUCCCUCCUCGCGAUUGAAGAAUGUGUCAAACUCAGUCGCCAACUAGUUGCCUUUCGACCAACCACAUACACUACAAACUUAGCUGGAUCGCUCAACGCUCUGAACGAGACACUCAAUCGCCUCGAAAGGCAUUCCGAGGCGCUGCCGGUGGUAGAGGAAAGUGUCCACCUCUGGCGACAGCUAGUUGCCAUUCUUCCAGCAUCACACCCCAGUCUCAGUAGCACGUUCUACAACCUUGGUCGUCCUGCGGAGGGGCUUCCUCUCAUUGAAGAAUCCAUUUCCCUUUGGCGUUCGCUAUCUGUCACCCAUCCGACGUCAUAUGCUCCCGAUUUAGCCUUGGCGUUGCAAACCCUAUCAACUCAAUUUUCCAGCCUUGGGCGCUAUGUAGACGCGCUUGAUACGGGUAACGAGUCAUUAUCAUACUAUCGCCAGCUUCAUUCCGAAUACCCUGUUCCCUACGCAAGUCAGCUUCAGCUCACAUAUUCCUGCGUCGCUAAUGCAUUGGAAGGUCUUGGAAGGCACGAGGAGCUGGUGACCGUACGCGCUCAUGCAAAAUCCGUGACGAUGCGAAUCACGGAUUUUGAAGAGACAAAACGACGGCCCUGGAGGCAAUCUCGGAACGCCAACAAACCGGCGAACCAAACCCCCAGCCCGACACACUGGAGAGCCAAGUAUCUCCUGCUGCUUUGA